GGGAUGCCCCUCUCUUUAAGACUUCCACUAUGCCUACCCAAUCCUUCGCCCUAGCGAAUUGCAAAGCGACCAUCCGCAUCGAGCCCAAUGAUGAACAUCCUCGUGCUCUCAAGCAUCUCUUUAUGUCUGUAAAAUAUCCCAAACUGGGCGAGAUGGCGACUCUCACUGCCCUUCUGAUUAAUCGACGAGCAUAUGUCAACGGUCCGACUUUCCAUCAAAUCAUGGAUGAAGAGCACCAAGAACUAGCCGACUUCGCGACUACCUUGUUCGACAAACGUGGAUCGAUCAAGGAGCAGCUUGUAGAUCACGAGCACCACAAAGGGACGGGUGUUUGGGGUCGUGAGAUCAACAAUGGUUUGGUCGUGUACAUUUUUGCUGUUCAUGUCAAAGAAAAGUAUCGGCGACAGGGUGUUGGUAGAUGGGCCUUGCAACGUCUCUUCUCAUCCAAACACGUCGGAGCUCGCGAUUUUGCCAUUAUCUGGCCCUGGCCUCUGGCUCGUCGAUUCUCAAGUGAGGAUACCUCCAAUCAGACGAUGGCCGACGUUGUAGCUUUCUUCCAUGAGAACGGUUUUCGUAGAAUCGGAAGGACAAGUUUCAUGGCAUAUUCCCUUGACCACGCUCACCCUUCGCGUUCUCUUGCUAUCAAGGACGACGUCGAGAGUAAUUCCAAAUACGCCAGGGUGGAAGGUUCCCCGCUGCCCGAAAAUGCAAGCUUCGAGGAAAGACUUCAUCAAAAGGAGGUUAGACAAAUCCGCCAUGCACGGAAAUAUCCCCUGCAUCACGCCGUCAGCGACCUCACCCUCACAGCCGCACAGCUCAACGCUACCAUCAAAGACUUGCUUGAUGACAACCCAGACGCCAUACGUUCUCAGAAUGAAGACGGCUGGACUCCCUUACACGUUGCCGCUCGCAAGGGGAACGUCUACGCAGUUCGCGUGUUGUUGGCAUUAUUCUCCCCGGGUCCUCAAGAUGACCUUCCAAAACGCGACAACUUGGAAGGCACAAACCUGCUCGAGGGUUGCCAAGCUGCUAUGUGGGAAUCCAAGGUGUUUGCGGACACGUUCCUGGAUGGCGAAUGUAACGGUUUUUCGGAGGCGCUUCUACGAAUGGAAUAUAUUCUGAAGGUAGCGAGUGGAGGGGAUGUAGGGGGGCUGGACGAAGACGCAUAUACCGCCAUCAGGAAGUUCGGCUGUACGUGUAACCAAUGCCACGAAGGUUGGCUUUCUCCUCGGAUGCGCAUUCGUCUCAGGGCACAAGCCGCCUGGUUAGGCAAAGAUAUGGAGGACAACAUGCCAACCUUUGUUAAUGGCAAGCCUCUUUCAGGCAUGGCCAUCGACAUUGGACUUCCUGGUAUCAACUACGUGCCAGUCCGUCUCUGGCCACAAGCGACACAAGAUUUCUACAAAGGCUUCAUAAGAGUCCUAUACUGCAUCAAUAUGAUGCUCAGCAGCAAAAGGUCAUUGGUGUUUGAUGCUGUUUUCGUGCAACUACUUGCGAUCCAAGCCGACGAGGGUGCGGUGUACUUCCAAGCUGGAGGUCAGGUUGUUUAUGCACUGGACGCUAUAACGGCUAUAGCUGCAGCGAGCGCAAAUGGGUUUGCGGAGGUUUUGUGCGAGAGGAUUAUUAGUAAGAUAGAAGAACGUCAGGUUACGCUUCCCCCAAAAGAGAGGCUUUGGAAGGGGGACGAUGAAAUGGAACGAAUCCGGGAAGAGGUGCUUCUGGAGAUGGAUGUGAACGAGAAAGUAUCGGGUAUGUUUGAUAAAAGGGUGGAGCAACUGCAAGUCGAGGGGCGGAGGAAGGGAACGGUGAUGGACUAUGGUUACAGUACUGCUCCAAAGUGCGUGAACGACGAAGAGUUCGACCGUGUCAGGGAAAUGUUGGGGUUGAGAGCAAGCAUGCGGUGGGGCCCGUAUUCCCCCGGGAUAGAGGAGCCUAUUUUGUCGAUGGCGAUGGUGGACGACGAGACGGAGAGUGAAGAAGACGAGGAAGAGGAAAAGGAUUUUGAUAAGUCGAUCGACUGAAAGCGCAAGUGUUCUGUGACCAUACGCUGGUUGUCGUCAGUACAAUAUUCUUGAUGAAGCUACAAAUGCAAACGCUUACCUGACGUACCAUAUUAAUUGCGU